AUGGAAACCUUUCUAUUCACAUCUGAGUCAGUGAAUGAGGGCCACCCCGACAAACUAUGUGACCAGAUCUCUGAUGCGGUGCUCGAUGCCUGCCUUGAGCAGGACCCAGAAAGCAAGGUUGCUUGCGAGACAUGUACAAAGACCAACAUGGUCAUGGUCUUUGGGGAGAUCACCACCAAGGGCAAGAUAGACUAUGAAAAGAUUGUUCGUGACACAUGCCGUAACAUUGGGUUUAUUUCUGAUGACGUUGGUCUUGAUGCUGACAAGUGCAAAGUGUUGGUUAACAUUGAGCAGCAGAGUCCUGAUAUUGCCCAGGGUGUCCACGGUCACUUUACCAAGCGCCCAGAGGAUAUUGGUGCUGGUGACCAGGGCCAUAUGUUUGGUUAUGCCACUGAUGAGACCCCUGAGUAUAUGCCUUUGAGCCAUGUACUUGCCACCAAGCUUGGGGCUCGCCUCACUGAGGUUAGGAAAAAUGGCACCUGCCCUUGGCUAAGACCUGAUGGCAAGACUCAGGUUACUGUUGAGUACUACAAUGACAAUGGUGCAAUGGUCCCUGUUCGUGUCCACACUGUUCUCAUCUCCACUCAGCAUGAUGAGACUGUCACAAAUGAUGAAAUUGCCGCGGACCUAAAGGAGCAAGUCAUCAAGCCUGUCAUUCCUGAGAAGUACCUUGAUGAGAAAACUAUCUUCCACCUUAACCCAUCUGGCCGUUUUGUUAUUGGUGGCCCUCAUGGUGAUGCAGGUCUCACUGGACGCAAGAUCAUCAUUGACACCUAUGGUGGCUGGGGAGCCCAUGGUGGUGGUGCUUUCUCAGGGAAGGACCCAACUAAGGUGGAUAGAAGUGGUGCUUACAUUGUAAGGCAGGCUGCCAAGAGCAUCGUAGCAAAUGGUCUUGCUCGUAGGUGCAUUGUGCAAGUCUCCUAUGCUAUUGGGGUACCAGAGCCUUUGUCAGUCUUUGUGGACUCCUAUGGCACUGGAAAAAUUCCUGACAAGGAGAUUCUUAAGAUUGUGAAGGAGAACUUUGACUUCAGGCCUGGAAUGAUGACCAUCAACCUGGAUCUCAAGAGGGGUGGCAAUAGGUUCUUGAAGACAGCUGCAUACGGACAUUUUGGAAGGGAUGACCCAGACUUCACCUGGGAGGUUGUCAAGCCCCUUAAAUGGGAGAAGCCCCAAGCUUAA